AUGGCGGCCAAACUUGUUGAUAGGAGAUUCCACAACGUCCCAGGGAAGCUUCGGGUGGCAGAACUGUUCUUCGACGUCCCCAUUAACUAUAGCCAACCCAGCGAUGGCACUCUCAGGCUGUUUGCCCGCAGUGUGCGUCGCUUGACCACUCCGGUUCAACCCACUAAGGAUGACAGCCAUCUCCCGUGGCUGGUUUACCUUCAAGGUGGUCCGGGAAUGGGUUGUCGACCUCCGCAGGAGUAUAGCUGGGUUGGAACAGCUCUCGACAAAGGCUACCAAGUCCUGCUUCUUGAUCAACGUGGCACGGGCCUUAGUUCAACCAUCACGGCAAACACACUUGCUCUGCAGGGACAUCCCGUAAAGCAGGCCGAGUACCUCAAAAAUUUCCGUGCUGAUAAUAUCGUCCGCGACUGUGAAGCCAUUCGACGCUGUCUGACUGCCGACCACCCCGAAGGGGAACGUAAAUGGAGUAUCAUCGGACAGAGCUUCGGUGGGUUCUGUUCGACGACUUACCUCUCUAUGUUUCCAGAGGGAUUGACAGAAGCAUUCAUUUGCGGCGGGCUACCCCCUCUGGUUGAUGGUCCGGACCCAGUCUAUGAACUUACUUAUGAAAAGGUCGUAGAGAGGAACAAGGCAUAUUACGCCAAAUUCCCCGAAGACGUGGAUCGGGUCAAACAGAUUAUCAAGUACCUACAGACAAACCUGGUCCGUGUACCAUCUGGGGCGCUUACCCCGGAGCGAUUCCAACAACUGGGAAUCAUGUUUGGCAUGCAUGGUGGCCUUGAUAGCGUCCAUGAUCUUAUCCUGCGCACCUGGAACGAUUUGGAGAUAUUUGGAUUCCUGACCCAUCCCACGAUCUCUGCCAUCGAAAGUUAUGGUGACUUUAAUAACAACGUCCUCUAUGCUGUUCUUCACGAAUCUAUAUACUGCCAGGGACGAGCAUCGAACUGGUCUGCGGACAGACAUCGGGCAGCUGAUUCCCAGUUCAGCAUCAACACAGAUUUGCCUGAAAUCUGGUUUACUGGCGAGAUGGUUUACAAGGACAUGUUCGACUCAUACGACGAAUUAAAGCAAAUCAAGGAUGCAGCAGAGAUCAUAGCAAAAACCGACGACUGGCCUGUCCUUUAUGACGAAGCCCAACUCAAACGGAAUGAGGUUCCCGUCUACGCCGCAACCUUUUUGGAGGACAUGUACGUGCACUACGACCUUGCUAGCAAAACCGCUUCGAAGAUCAAGGGUGUGAAAAAAUUCACCACGAAUACCAUGUACCAUAAUGCUAUACGGGGUAAGUCAGAUGAGCUGAUGCAGCAGCUGUUUGCUCUCAGGGAUGAUACCCUUGACUAG